AUGUCUUCGAGCCAAUACUACAUGCCAGUACCCAGGACUAGGACGGAUUCAGCGCCGCUCAACACAAAACUACACUCGGGUGGGGUUGGAACCCGUCUGGAGAUGCUAGAGCGAGCCAUCACGACGAUCAACCGAAACGACUCCCGUGAUCUACAGAGCAGAUCAUCUUCAACCUCAGUAUUGCCACCUGAAGCGCAUAGUAAUACCCCGGUACCAACCGCGCAUCGCACGCUGCCGAAACAAGGUGUUUUAGUGAGAGAUGGCACUUCCACCCGAUAUAUCAACGAGUUGCUCUUCUCGCGCGUCCUAGAGAAAGUCAGUAAGCCACUUACUAACAGCAGCGAUGGGGCCACCAUAAUGGCUGGAUUCGAUGGCCUCAUCUCCAACCCUCAGCUAUCAGUAAACAUCCAGAGUCUCUUCCCAUCUCGGGGAAAUGCCACCUUUCUGUGGCAGAGCUACUUAAAUAAUGUGGACGUUCUGCUCAAAGUGCUUCACAUCCCGACUACGCAACCCAUCAUAUUUGCUGCCAUCAACAACACAAAGCAUGUCGCUCCAGACCAAAUCGCCCUUUUAUUCUCUAUUUAUUACGCGGCUGUGACAAGUCUUCGCACAGAGGCCGUCCAGUUAAUAUUUAAAGAGGACCGACAAUCUGUGCUCGAACGGUUUCAGCGGGGAUUGGAAUUAUGCCAUCGCAAUCAAAACGGUGGUAGGUCUGGCUGGACCUUGAACGGUAUAGUUCUUCGAACGGCGCAGUGCAUUGGCCUACACCGUGAUGGUAAGCAGUUCCAUCUUCCGCAAUUAGAAUGCGAGAUUCGUCGUCGGCUAUGGUGUCAGAUUAUCGGAUAUGAUGCCCGAGCUAGCGAGGACCAUGCUCUGUCCACAAAUGAAUUCGGUGGCUUCUCUGAUACAAAGCUGCCUCUAAAUGCGGACGACCGAGACCUUACUCCAAAAAUGGAGAAAGCUCCAGUGUUAGAACCAGGCUGGACAGAAAUGACUCUGUUUCUGGUGGCUGCAGAGAUGAACCAAGCAGCUCAACAAGUGUUUCAGCUUUCUAUAGCGGUUCUAAAUGGGAAUGACAAAAUGGCAAGCUUAGAACAACUUUUGGGAAAUAUUACGGCCCACAUAAAGGAGUACUACCUACAAUAUUGUGAUUCCAAUAUCCCUAUUCAAAAAGCAGCUCUAUUACUAGGGCAGACGCAGAUAGGACAUAUUGACCUUCUUGUUCGCCAGCAAUACCUCCGAGGCCUUAGUACGGAAGAAUUAGCUGCACGAGCCACCGAAAGGACACUUUUUAUUGGCAUGCGACACUAUCUAUAUCGGCAACGAGCAGAAAACGGAUGA